UUCUCGCGAUGUUCUGGGAGCUUUGCUGUAUACAAUCCCAGCUGCUAUCUAAGCUAAAGCUAAAUUAGCUGCUACUUAUUGAUUGCAAUGUAGUCAAGUUCACACCAAGUAUCAGUGAAGGGGCUUCACGGGUGGUUGGGAUAUGGAGUUAAGAAAUAUCAAGGACCAGUCCCCAUUGGUCCAGGCCAUAUUCAGCCGGAACACAGAAGAUGUGACAUUUUUACUGAACCACAAAGAAGAUGUCAACUCACUGGACCAAGAACAAAGCACACCACUACAUGCUGCUGCUUAUAUGGGCGAUGUCAUUGUUAUGGACCUACUUAUUAGUUCAGGUGCAAAUGUCAACGCCAAGGACCAGGGGUUGCUGACUCCUUUACACCGAGCAGCUGCCUCAAGAAAUGAAAGGGCUGUGGAGCUAUUGCUGAAACACAAAGUAGAGGUUAAUGCACGGGACAAGUUCUGGCAUACACCCCUGCACAUGGCAGCUGCAAACUGGGCUACAGGUUGUGCCAAAGCCCUGAUACCACAUGUUUGCAGCCUGGAUGUAACUGACAAGUCAGGAAGGACACCGCUACAUCAUGCAGCGCACAGUGGUCAUGGGGAGAUGGUGAACGUGUUCCUGCGUAAAGGUGCAAAUGCAUGUGCCAAGGACAAGAAGGAAAGGCAAGCAGUCCACUGGGCUGCAUCCCUCGGACAUUUGGAGGUUGUGAAGCUGCUGUUGUCUCACAGUGGAGACGUGAUGUGCAAAGACAAGCGUGGUUACACUCCACUCCACGUUGCAGCUGCCGGUGGACAUUUAGACGUAGUCAAAUAUCUGCUGAGACUGGGGGUGGAGAUUGAUGAGCCCAACAUUUUUGGGAACACAGCGCUCCACAUGGCCUGUCACACAGGGCAAGACACUGUGGCCACUGAACUGGUGAACAGUGGCGCCAGCAUCAACCAACCCAACUACAAUGGCAACACACCAUUACAUCUGGCAGCUGCCUCCUCCAGCGGGGUGUUGUGUCUUGAGCUCCUAGUCAACAAUGGUGCUGAUGUCAACGUACAGAAUAAGAAAGACAUGAGCCCUUUACAUAUGGCUGCAAUGCACGGACGCUUCACUGGCUCGCAGAUUCUCAUCCAAAAUGGGGGAGAGAUCGAUUGUGUUGACAGUAAUGGAAACGCUCCUCUUCAUGUUGCUGCCAGACAUGGUCAGGAGCUGCUGGUCAGUACUCUGCUGACAAACGGUGCUGAUAAAGGCAGACAGGGAAUUAAUGGGAUGCUUCCACUGCAUUUGGCGGCGCUCUACGGCUUUCCAGACUGUUGUCGCAAGUUACUGUCUAACGGCCAGUUUUACAACAUGGCGCCAAUGCUGACGAAUGACCAAAGUGUGGGGUUCGACAUAAACAUGUUAGAUGAUCAUGGAAGGACGUGCCUGCAUGCAGCUGCAUCUGGAGGGAAUGUCGAGUGUGUUAAUUUGCUGUUAAGCAGCGGUGCUGAGCUGGAUAUAAAAGACAAUUUGGGAAGAUCUCCUCUGCACUACGCUGCAGCAAAUGGGAACAGCCAGUGCACCAUCUCCCUGGUGAGAGCUGGUGCAGAUGUCAAUGAGCUGGAUCUGACGGGCUGCAACCCCCUGCACUAUGCUGCUGCUUCACACACCUUCUCUGGAGGGGGUCCAAACUCUGACUCAGACGUCAACGUGGAAAAGCAACAUGAAGCCUCUCUGUGUUUAGACUACUUGCUUGACAACGGGGCGAACCCAACUCUGAAGAACAGCAAGGGAUACAGUGCCGUUCACUAUGCAGCUGCUUAUGGGAACAAACAGCAUUUAGAGCUGCUCUUGGAAAUUUCUUUCAACUGUCUUGAGGAGGCUGAAAGUAAUGUUCCAGUCAGCCCUUUGCACUUAGCUGCAUAUUUUGGCCACUGUGAAGCUCUACGUUUGCUUUGUGAGACAUUAGUGAGUCUGGAUGUGCGGGACAUUGAAGGCCAAACUGCCCUCCACCUCGCUGCUCAGAAGGGCUUCUCCCCAUGUGUAGAAGUACUGUUGAAACAUCAAGCCUCCUACACACUGAAGGAGCACAAGCACAAGUGGACAGCUCUUCACACUGCAGCUGCUGAGGGCCAAGUGGACUGUAUCCUCCUGUUAGUUAACAUGGAACAAAGUGCUGACAUCAUUGACAGCCCAGACACACGGGGACAGACUGCUCUCAUGCUGGCAGCUCUCGGUUGCCACACCGACUGCGUCCACAUACUGCUGGAGAAAAAUGCAAAGCCUGAUGCUGCAGACAAACAAGGCUUCACUGCUUUACACCGAGCUGUCAUAAUGGGCAGUGAGGAGUGUGUGUCUGCUCUGCUGGAACAUGGAGCUUCUGCUCUGUGCCGAGACUCUAGGGGGAGGACCCCGCUGCACCUCGCAGCAUCCUGUGGUCACACGGAGCUGCUCCGCUCUUUGCUAAAGGCUGCAAAGAAAGCUGACCCUCUGGACUCCAUGCUGGACUACAAAGGCUACACACCCACUCACUGGGCUGCCUACCAUGGUCAUGAAGGAUGUUUAUGCAUUUUACUUGAAAACAAACUUUUUAGCAUCCAGGAAGGAAGUCUCUUCACCCCAUUGCACUGUGCUCUAGUUAAAGGGCACGAAGCUGCAGCAGACCUUCUAGUGAAGACUUUUGGCCCUCAAAUUGUCAGCAUUAGUGACGCCAAAGGAAGGACCCCACUGCAUGCUGCUGCAUAUUCAGGGAACGUUGCUGGGCUGCAGCUGGUUCUGGCCCAGGGAGCACAGGUUAAUGCUGUGGACCACUGUGGAUGCUCUGCUCUGAUGGUUGCUGCUGCCUGUGGACAGACCAGAGCUGUUGAGUUCUUGCUGAACAAGGCGACCCCAGACCUGACCCUGGUGGAUUUCAAUAACAGCACAGCCCUUCACUUAGCCUGCAGCAAGGGUCAUGAGAUGUGUGCCUUGUUAAUCCUGGGAGAGAUCACCGAUUCCUCACUCAUAAAUGCAAGAAACAACGCUCUCCAAAUGCCGCUUCACAUUGCAGCAAGGAAAGGUCUGGCGACUGUUGUGCAGGUGUUACUGAGCAGAGGAGCAGCAGUCAUGGCUGUAGAUGAGGAAGGCCACACGCCAGCUCUGGCCUGUGCCCCGAACAAAAACGUAGCAGAGUGUCUGGCCCUCAUCCUUUCCACCAUGAAGCCUUUCCCUCCCAGAGAGGCUGGUCCUAACACAGCCUCCCACUUCAGCCCCAUCCUGAAGAACUGCACUAUCGCUGCCUCCUGCGGGGCCAGUGGAAACCUGUGCCAUGCCUGAGCACAGAACCAAAUUCACACUGUCAGUCAGUGUUAGCCUGUAAGCCACUUUUGUGACAAAAAUGCAGCUUCAUCCCAGCGUAACCCAAAGUCACCAUGAACACCUGUGGUCAUGCAUAGCUUUUUGUCUCUCGUGUCAUGCCAUUUCUAUACAUGACAGCAUAUGCUUGCUCGCCAGUAGCAUAAAACCUAGUCUUACUCUAAUAUUAGCUUUCACAUUAUUCUCUCUAUUAAGAGUGUAGUUAUUUUAAUGAAGUACUAAUCUUUAGAUAUGAAUGGAAGGUUUAAAAUAAGCACACAACACAAGCCUCCCCACCUGAACCUCAUCCACUAUCAGUAUUUACUUUUAUUUAAGCAACAUAAUCUCAAAACUCCAUGUUUGUCUUCAGUUGAUACGAGUGCACAGAUGCUCAGGUGUUUAGUGUCUGUGUGUGUGCGUGUGUGCGUAGUGGCUUAGUUUUCAUAUUACUAGAUGCUGCUUCUAAAUAUAAAUAUUUUAAUAUAUCUAACAGGUGCUGUAAACCUUUUAUGCAAUUAAUAGCACUAUUUUCUUAUCCUACGCAGGGUGUAGCAAACACUACACUGAUAAAAAGCCACCUAUUAUUCUGAUAUUAUCAUGAUUUAAAACUUCAGUUAGCCUACCAGCCAUAAGCAUGUUUAUAGAUUAAAUGAGAAUUUAACAAGUUUAGUGUAUAUAGCACUGUUAAAAUGAAGUUAACCUUGAAAAUCCCAAAUUAUUGGAUUAACCUCAGGUCAGUGUGUACUGUAAUCCCGGUGCAAUAACAAGCACUGCUCAGACUGGAUGUUACUCGUAUAAACUAUGAGUAAAGUAUAUCAGUUCAAUAAUCCAGACAGAGAAAUGUCAAAUAAAUAAUCAACGCAUUAGUUGCUGUGAACACUUUAAAUACAUUUAAAAAAUUUCACAAGGCUUUAAAUGUCGAGUAGAAAUGGUAAUUGUUGAAUUAAUUUCGAGUCCCAAAGCAUCUUUGAAUUAUUUUUUUCUCAUAAACGUUUAAAGACCCAAAGAUGAUUAUAAUCUAUCACAAACACACACAUUUGAGAAGUUGGAAUUAACAGAUACCCUGCUUGUUUUUUUGUUUGUUUUAAUGACAUGCUGUAUUAUCAAAAUUCAUGUUUGAUUUAAUCAGUAAAGCAUGAACAGUUAGGUGAGUUAUAAGGGGUUUUGUUUUUUUCUAUACAAGAUCUCAGUGGGGAAGAAACCCAGAGUCACAGCACGUGUUCAGGAGCUAGCGUUGAUCUUUUCCUGUUAAACAUUUACAAACUUUUGUCAUUGUUAUAAAGAAAAUUGGUGACCACAAAUUAAUUUAGAUACAUAAAAUUAUCUGUGCUGCUACAAACAAGCCUCACUGCCUCUCUCUUUAAAGAUCAAACUUUUUAUAAAUAGUGUUGUGCAUCAAAUGUUUGCCUUUUUUUUAAGUCGAAGUCAAAGGCCAGACCUGCAGCUCAGCAGAUGCCAUUUAUCCAAAAGAUAUUUUCUUCCUAGUUAUAGCCGCUGUGUUAUCUUAAAAUGCCUUUAAACUAUUUGCACUCUGACAUCAAAGUUUACAUUUUAAUGAGGGCAUCCUUCCUAGGGUUAUGGUGUUGUGUUUGGAUUAAAAUAGGGAGAAAAAAAUCUGUUAGGCAUUUCUAAACACAAUGUGUAGUGAAAUGUUGUGAAUAACUUCAGGAAUUGCCCUGUUGCAGCGUUUCAUGUGAGCAAACUGUGUCUUCCGUACAAGUUACUCAAAUUUGAGGAUGUCACAGCUUGAAAGUGUGGUUUGGUUGUGGCUGGCAUUCAUAAUAGGCCGGAAUAAAUGAAUCACCACCAUCUGAAGAAGUCUUGCUGUCUUUAUUUUAUUAUUUCAAAAUCUUAUUAGAGUUUGAUAAACGGAAGCACCGAUCUGGGCUCAUCGUCUUGUCUGCACCCUUGUGUUCUUCCUUAGAGAUGAUGCCCGCUGUGUAAGGAAACAGAUUUUUGUGCUGGCUCGAUUCAUUUUUGUCAACAAAACUUUGAAUACAUCAGAUUAGAUUUAUAUGAAAAUCUUUUUAAUUUUGGUUUUCAGUUCAGUUAGUUUCUUGAAUGAAUUUGCUUGUUACCCUUUUAUUGUAUUAAAUAUUACUUU